AUGGAGCUUCCUUCAAACCUGCAGCCAAAUGAAGCAAGCCCCGAGUGGAUGAACAGGGCGGACAACGCAUGGCAACUCACGGCAGCAACACUUGUAGGCAUGCAGAGCAUUCCAGGGCUAGUGAUCCUCUAUGGAAGCAUGGUAAAGAAGAAAUGGGCAGUGAACUCAGCUUUCAUGGCCCUCUACGCCUUCGCAGCAGUAAUAAUAUGCUGGGUAGGGUGGGGCUAUCGCAUGUCUUUCGGCGAAAAGCUAGUCUUCUUCUUAGGAAAGCCGGGGGUUGCCCUAGACGCCGAUCUUCUUCUAGGCCAGGCGUUUUUAGGCAUGUUUCCAACCGCUACAAUGGUGUUCUUCCAACUUGUGUUUGCAGCCAUUACAGUGAUUUUGAUAGGCGGAGCAUUGUUGGGGAGAAUGAAUUUCGGUGCAUGGAUGUUGUUUGUGCCACUGUGGCUUACGUUUUCGUACACCAUCGGGGCGUAUAGCGUAUGGUGUCCUGAUGGGUGGCUGGCGAAGCUUGGAGUUAUCGACUUUGCAGGUGGGUAUGUGAUUCACCUCUCCUCUGGCGUUGCUGGCUUCACUGCAGCAUAUUGGGUGGGACCAAGAGCGAGUGGUGACAGGGAUAGCUUCCCACCCAAUAAUAUGAUUCUGAUGCUUGGGGGUGCAGGGCUGCUAUGGAUGGGGUGGAGUGGUUUCAACGGCGGAGCUCCCGCUGUUGCCAGCUUGGACGCAUCUCUGGCCGUCCUCAACACCCACGUCUGCGCUGCUACUAGUCUGAUGACGUGGUUAAUCCUGGACACCAUUUUCUUUGGGAAGCCACGUGUGUUUGGUGCUAUACAAGGCAUGAUCACUGGCUUGGUUUGCAUCACGCCUGCAGCUGGAGUAGUCCAAGGUUGGGCAGCCAUGCUAAUGGGAGUAUUCUCAGGAAGCAUUCCAUGGUACACAAUGAUGGUGCUCCACAACAAGCUCAAGUUCCUUACACAAGUGGACGACACCAUGUCCAUCUUCCACUCUCACGCCAUUGCGGGAAGCUUAGGCGGCAUACUCACCGGCUUCUUCGCCAUGCCAAAGCUCUGCCGCCUCUUUUACAUGGUACCCGAUUGGGAGAAAUACAUUGGCCUAGCCUACGCUCUUCAAGAAGAUCGAACCUCAAAAGGGUUACGACAAAUGGGAAUUCAACUUGUAGGCAUUCUCUUCAUUGUGUGCCUCAACAUUGUCAUGACUAGCUUCAUUUGUUUGCUGAUUAGAACCCUGGUUCCACUUAGACUAGCUGAGGAUGAGUUGCAGAUAGGCGACGAUGCAGUGCAUGGGGAGGAAGGUUAUGCCUUGUGGGGUGAUGGGGAGAUAUUUGAGAAUUCUAAGAAUAAUUCAGUUUUUGACAUGGAAGAAUUUGUGUCUGUGCCCUCAAAGUCUCUGGAUGAUGUUUAGCUGGUGUAUAUGAUUUUUCAUUUUAGUUGA